ACGUAAGUAGCCUAAUCUUUGGCUUUCUAUAUUUUGUAGAAGUACAUACAUACAUUUCACGACCCUGGCUAUUUUUUUUCCUCUGACCGAUUCGUGUCAAACAGCAAGCAGCAAACCGAGAUAAGAGUUGACCCGCGGUGUUCUCCGUACAAUAUUGUAGAUCUCGAGUACACGAGUUUUUUCCUAACCGUUUUUUCUCCCCACUGAAGUUUACUGUAUUUUCAACUUGCGUCAUGUUCCCGCCAUGCGUGUACGCGAUUCCGUGCGCGACGAAACCACGGUGGACAUCGCACAAGGAAAUUACGUGCACUCAGGGGAACAAGAUUCUUUCAAGAGAAUUAUACACAGCUGUUUCAAUUUCUCACGGAGUAUUCGUUACCUGCGGCCAGGCCGAGUGGACGGAAUUCCGUGAGAGAGUCUUUUGACGAUUAGUCGCAGUUCUGGGAUAACAACAUCAUCGACACCAUUGUUCUUUCGGUACUGUACGCACCACCGUUACCGUUAGGAGUGUUAGGUACUGAGUACUUGAAACAUUAUCCUGCCCGCGAUUUUCGAGCCGCUUGGGAAACACCGUCAGUAGAACAUCAUUUCGGAAUAAAAACUGAUUGCACAACAAUUUUUUCAUCGACCUCGUGCUUCAGUAAAUGUAUCUCUCGUUCGCCCGGAUAGAGAACGUUUAUCCCAGGAAAGUAAUUUAAGUAUCGAUUGGGUGUCAGAAGAACCGUUUGCUCGUACAGAUGCAUUUUAUAUUUUUCUAACUAAUAGUUUAUAAACGUUCACUGUACGUUAGAACAAAACGUGCUGCCACCUGCGUAUGCGCGUGACAUUUCCAACGAUCUUACCAGAUGGAUAGGAAUCAUUCGUUAGUCGUCGAGAAGUACUCUUAAAACGUUCCUAACCUGCGGAUGCUCCGGUGUACUUCCAUCGAGCCUCCAUGCGAGGAUAAUUAUACAUAUAUGUAUGUAUAUACGUGUAAAUAUAUAUACACACAUACCGGUUUCGAGUAGAAUUUUUAACAACGAGACAUGACCAUGUGGGAGAGACUGCGAAAUCCUUGCGGCUGGAGGGCUGGUGCCAAGCAGAUUUCGGUCGAUGCAAUGAUACCGAUAUUUGCGGUCCCGACGUUAGCAGUAAUAGCUGCACAAACGGUACUGUGCACCGUGAUAAUAUUUGUUGCCACACCGAUACUGGUGUACUAUCUGUACCACAAUUUUCUAAGAUUUCUACUCCGCACCAAGUUCUUUCUGAUGUGGACGAUCACGAGCGUAGUCAUGUUGAUGCUGAUCUUUGAGAUGAGUGUGGUACCGCUAUUAGAAAUCUUGCCAGAGGAAAACCUAGUGUUUAUAGUAUGUGUAGUGAGCGGCAUAUGGUGUGGCUACAUGGCCAGAUUAAAGGCAGACACUCCUACUCAAGAGAGCACCUCUGGUCAAGGAUUAGAGCUUGGAGAAGGGAGCGGGGAGCUCUGCAUCACAUGUAGAAGAAGAGCACCUCCCAGAGCUUAUCACUGUCGAAUGUGUCAGACAUGUAUCCUUAACAGGGAAUAUCACUGCAAAUGGCUGGACUGUUGUAUAGGUUCUAGCAAUUUGAGAUGGUACUUGAGAUGUUUGUUCUUCUCGGCUGUAGCUUUCAUUUACGGUUCGAAUUUGACCAUGACUAGCGUAUGCCAUCCGUUCAUAUUGAUCGGUACUGUCCUUAUGCCAGAUGAUUGCAGCGAUGUCUAUCAAGAGCUCGACAUUGCCCUUUGCUUCGUCUCGGCGCUCUACAGCUUGCUCGUUGGGCUAGUAGUAGUUUGUUAUUUGAUGUAUCACCUUUGGUUGAUUUACCUUGGUACGACAUCGAAUGAGCGACGACUCCUCAAAGCUGCAAGUCCGUACGACCAUGGGAUGUUGAAAAACGUCUCUCGAUUAUUCUGUUGCAAAACUUAGGUAUUUAAUUGUAGACUAGAUUAUUCAAUUUUCUUUGUGCAGAAGGUACUCUGUACCGUGGGAAGGAUGAAAGAUCAGGCACUAUGGUACGUGAAAGCAGAAGCUUUCGUGUCAUAUAGUUUCCUCUAUUGAUACUCGGGUUCUUGCCCCUUUUUCACGAUAAUGGCGUAUCUAAUAAUAAUUUUAAGCUGUCGCUCGUAAUAUUGACCUUAAUCAGGACAUAUUAUGCAAUGAUCUCAGUUAAAGAUUCUUAAUUAAUAUUUAUUUCAUUACUGUGCACAUUUCUAUAUUUAUUGUAACUGUGAUAAACUGGCCAUUGUACUACUAAUGCAAUAAAUUAUGAUACAUCUGUAAGGACUGAA